AAAGUAAAAAGUAUGAAUAUCCUCCUCCACCCUUUCUUCCCCUCUCUCUGGUUGUCCCUUUACGCGUAUUAUUUUGUGGUUUCGACCUAUAUAUAUCCUCCAUUUUCUUCCACUCUUCCAUAGCAGGUGCACCCUAGUUUCUCCAGCACCUGUUAUUUUUCUUAAAGAACACACAUUUCAUUUCCCUCAAUCACCCUCCCUAUAUACACACUUAAAUUUCUUAUAUUCUUGAUUUUCUUGUUUGAUAAUUCAAUUUUUUGUUGGAAAAAAAAUGCCUUCUAUUAGUGAGGAAUUGCUUCUGCCCUCAACGCCGGGGAAGUUUAAGGAUAAAUCACACGCAAUGCACAGACAAUUCUACCGGUGUUUUGCUUCGACGAGUACGAUGUUCUUGUGGGCACUUUUCUUGGUGGCGUUGACGGCGUCGUAUUUGAGUUUCCAGUCGUUCGUGGAUUCCGGUAACAAGUACUUCUCUGCCACGAGGGGCGGCGUACACUGGGAAAAACAGGUCAAAACCUCGGCUCGGGUCCACCGACGGAAUGGGUUCUCCGUGCUAGUUACCGGCGCCGCCGGUUUCGUCGGCUCCCACGUGUCUCUCUCCCUGAAAAAGCGCGGCGACGGCGUUGUUGGGCUUGACAAUUUCAACAAUUACUACGAUCCUGCAUUAAAAAAAGCCAGAAAAAAAUUGCUAAAUUCGCAGAAUAUAUUCAUCGUGGAGGGCGAUGUGAACGAUGCGCGCAUGAUAGCAAGACUAUUCGAAAUUGUGCCCUUCACCCACGUGAUGCACCUGGCUGCGCAGGCAGGGGUACGAUACGCCAUAGAGAAUCCGCACUCGUACGUGCACAGUAAUAUUGCGGGAUUGGUCACUCUUCUCGAAGCAUGCAAAAACGCGGAUCCACAGCCUGCAAUUGUGUGGGCCAGCUCCAGUUCGGUUUACGGGUUGAACGAGAAAGCCCCGUUUUCAGAAUUGGAUAGAACCGACCAGCCAGCUUCAUUGUAUGCCGCGACCAAGAAAGCCGGCGAAGAAAUAACCCACACAUACAAUCAUAUUUACGGGUUGUCAAUUACCGGGUUGCGGUUUUUCACUGUUUACGGCCCGUGGGGAAGACCCGACAUGGCGUAUUUCUCCUUCACCCGAAAUAUUCUACAGGGAAAGCCAAUAACAAUUUACCGGGGCAAGAAUCGGGUCGACUUGGCCCGGGAUUUCACCUACAUUGAUGACAUUGUUAAAGGCUGCGUGGCGUCGUUGGAUACCGCGAAAAAGAGUACCGGGUCGGGUGGGAAGAAAAGGGCAGCCGCACAAUAUCGGAUCUAUAAUCUGGGUAAUACGUCGCCAGUGACAGUUCCGAUGAUGGUCGGAAUUCUUGAAAGACAUUUGCAGGUAAAAGCAAAGAAGAAUGCCAUUACAAUGCCCGGAAACGGUGACGUUCCGUUCACCCAUGCAAAUAUAAGCUUGGCCCGAAGGGAACUCGGGUACAGACCCACAACCGAUUUGCAAACCGGGUUAAAGAAGUUUGUAAAAUGGUAUCUAUCAUAUUAUGGCUACAAUCACGGCAAGUCGUGAAGUUGAUAUUUUCCUUUUUACUUUUUUUAAAUUCAAGGAUGUGUGGGGGCGUAUUGGCAAGGUUAAAGAGAAUACUGCAUUCUUUUCUUGUGGAUGAUUUGGGAUGUAGUAAGUUUGACUCCCCAUCUUUAGUUUAAAGUUUUUGUCGUUUCUUUGUUGUAAAAGAUAAGAAAGUUGCACAAUUUGGCCGAACCCAAAAAUUACUUGUAAAUUAUGAUUUACA